CAUCAAUAUCUUUAUUGAUAAAUCCUUCUUCAAACUCACUUUCACUCCCACUCAAUUUUCAGAGUGGAGCUCCACAAUAGGGAUUUAGGGUUAGGGUUUAACAAUUCCCCUUUCAUCUCCACUCCAUGGCCAUGAUGGAUCCCACCAAGAAGCGCAAGCUCGACGAAAACGGUUACGGCGUCGUCGGCGGCGGUGACAUCGACCACCUAAUCCUCUCCCCAUCAGAAGCCCGCAAGAUCAUCGAACGCUUCACCCAAGACCAACUCAUCGACAUCCUCCAAGACGCCGUCGUCCGCCACCCCGACGUCCUCGUCUCCGUCCGCGCCCUCGCCGACCCCGACGUCGCGCAGCGCAAGCUUUUCAUCCGCGGCCUCGGCUGGGACACCACCACCGACGGCCUCCGCUCUCUCUUCUCCGCCUACGGCGAGCUCGAAGAAGCCGUCGUUAUUCUCGAUAAAGUCACCGGGAAAUCGAAAGGGUACGGUUUCGUCACGUUCCGCCACGUCGACGGCGCGCUUCUUGCUCUCCGGGAGCCGAGUAAGAGGAUCGAUGGGCGCGUUACUGUCACGCAGCUUGCUGCUGCUGGGAACUCCGGGUCGAAUACCAAUGCUGCCGACGUCGCGCUUCGGAAGAUCUAUGUGGCGAAUGUGCCGCCGGAUCUCCCCGCUGAUAAGCUUCUGGCGCAUUUUUCGAUCUAUGGGGAGAUUGAAGAGGGGCCGUUGGGGUUUGAUAAGCUGACCGGGAAGUCGAAAGGGUUUGCGCUGUUUGUGUAUAAGAAUCCGGAGGGGGCGCAGGCGGCGCUUUUGGAUCCAAUGAAGACUGUGGAGGGGAGGCAGUUGAAUUGCAAGCUGGCUAUAACUGAUGGCGGGAAGCAAGGGAAGCGUGGCGGGGCUGGUGCUGGUGCGGCGGGACCGGAGGUGGCUCAGGGGCAUGGGAAUUCUCAUGGGCAUCAUGGGGAUGGGAUGGGGAUGGCUCCGGGUGGUGGGGCGGGUUCAGGUGCAGGGUCGCUUUCUGGUGGUCAGUAUGGUGGUCCGGUUGGGUUGGGUUCUUAUGGUGGAUUUGGUGGUGGGCUUCAGGGUCAGCCACCGAUAGGGAAUCAUGCUAUGAAUCCAUCGGUUGGUGGGGUUGGCAAUCAGGCGAACCAGUCAUCGUUGGGUGGUGGUACUGGCGCAUACGGUUUGGCUGCUCAUUAUGGGGGCUAUGGUGGGCUUGGAUCUACCGGUUUCGGUGGAUUGGGUGCUGCUUGUGCUGGUGCUGGUGGUUUUGGAGGUGGUGGUGGUGGUGGUGGUGCUGGUUCGGCAGCUGGUGCUGGUGCUCCUGGUGGACUUGGUGGUCCGGGUGGUGCGUAUAGGAGUUCAGCUGGAAUGCAAGCUGGUGGGUAUCCAGAGGGUGGGCACCACUACAGUUUAUCAGGUCCCGGCGGGUAUCACAAUCAGCAGCAUCAUCCUCCUACUGGGGCGUCACCUGUUCCUAGGGUUCCAUAUCCAAAUGCUCACCCUUACUAUUGAGGUGUUACAUCACUUAUUGGGCGCAGAUGCUUUGUGUGCUUCUGGUGAUUGCGUGAUUGCAGACUAUGUGCUCUGGUGUAAUGAAUAUGUUAGCCUGUAUUUUACAGCCUCUUGACUUCAUCUGCUCCCCCUUUAAGCUUUGAUUCAUAUGAUGUUAGUUAAAGCCAUUGAGAUAGAUUAGUUUUGUAAUUUUACCUGGAUCAUCUCGGCUGUUACAGCGUUUGUUUUGAUAAUAUAGUUCUGGGCUAUGAUGUUAUUUAUUAGCUGACUUUGUACUUAGUUACAUUUUUCUUUGGUUAUCAAUAUUUUCUAUUGCAGUGAUAUACUCUGCUCAUUCGAUGA